GUUUGGCUCGCGGCUCGCUCUCUUCCUUUCGUUUCGCUGAUCGACAACGGCUGCUGCUGCUGCUGCUGUUGCUGCCCCGAAUCCCGCACAUCCUCCUGCAUCCGCCGUCUGCCAUGGCCGAAAUCGCUCUGCAAGUGCGCCGCAACGCCGAAGAGUAUCGGGAGUACGUGCAAGAUAUCCUCACCUGGGAGAAAGACAUCAAGGCCAAAGAUCGAGCUGCCCGCAAAGCACCCGUCUGGGGAGAGCAUAUCCCUCCUGUCCGGAGCCGUGGCGACAUUGUUCUCGGAGAUGCAGAAGUGCACAUCCCAUCUCCGUCGGCGGACGCAGCUGACAUCGGGGAUGGGCCUGCAAAGCCCAAGAAGAUCAAGAGCUCGGACUACCGUGCCUGGGAUAAGUUUGACGUGGACAAGGCCCUCCAGGACAUGGACGAGCAGGAAGAGAAUCGCACACAGCCUCCCCCGACUCCCGCCGAGUCCAAGCAGGUCCUUGAAGAGCAGUCCCGGAUCGAAAAGUCUUUGAUCGAGAAGGAAAUGGGCAACGAGUUCUUCAAGAAGGGAGACUAUCAGCGUGCCAUCACUCACUAUGGAAAGGGCAUGAAGUUUGAUCCAACCAACGCCGUCCUGCCCCUCAACCGAGCCAUGGCCCUGAUUAAGACGCAACAGUAUGCAGAGGCCGAGCGGGACUGUACGCGAUGUCUGCAGCUGGACUCGAAGAACAUCAAGGCGCUCUGGAGACGCGGCCUGGCCCGGAGAGAGCUGGGCCAGCUCGAGGACUCGAAGAAGGAUCUGGAGGCUGCCGCAGUCCUUGAGCCCACCAACAAGAUGAUCAAGGACGAUCUUGCCAAGCUUUAUGAAAAGAUGCGGCCUCAGAAAUCACCGUCUCCAACGCAGCCUGCCUCUGCGGCCGAGCCAAAGCCUUUGGCAAUCGCCAAAUCAUCGCCGGCCAGCGCCGCUCGGGUUCAGUCGGCGAGUUCUACAGAACCAAAGAAAAUUCCCGGCAAGCCUGUCCGCCGCAGACUUGUCAUCAAGGAAAUUGGCGAGCCGAUCCCUGUGACGAAACCACUGCAGCGCAACGACGAGGAACCACCCCGCAUCAACCCAGCGCCACCGCACCGCCCAUUUGAGGCCACUCCGAGCGACAGUGCUGUCGAGGCAGCCUUGGACCCCAUGUCCUCAGCGACACCACCGGCUGCAUCAGCCAUUUCGAUGCUGUCAGCUGCACCAACCGCGACCAAGCCCGAUGACACUCUGGACCCCGAACCACACACUCUCUCGAAGAGCAUUAGCGAGCCAAGAAAGGGUCCGCUCAUCCAGGAGCUUAUGGACACCACCGCCGCCACCGCUGCCACCACGGCACCCGAGAUCCGGCCAGGCGGAACGGCCCCAUCCACGACGCAGCCGUAUGCCAACGCAGGCCCUGUCUCCAAGUUCUCUGUGCCCAAGACCAUGUUUGAGUUCGAGCGAGACUGGAAGAGCGUCAAGCGGGACGACGAGCAGGCCUACAAGUACUUCAAGGUCAUUCCGACCACCGACUACUCCAAGAUCUUCAAGAAUGCACUCGACAGCGACUAUUUGGCUCGGAUCGUCGAGAUCCUGCAAAAAUGCUACAUCGGCUCUGAGCCGACAGAUUCAAUUUACUUGGUUCUGGAUAGCCUGUCCAGGCUGCCGCGCUUUGAGAUGACCCUCAUGUUCAUGUCCAAGAAAGACAAGACUGGCCUGACUGCGGUGCUGGAGCACCUGCGCCACCACUCGCCGGGUAGUGCGUUUGAAGCAUCAGAUGUCGAUCGCCUCCAGCGAGCCUACAAGAUUUGAAUGACACUGCAGCGAUGUGUGUCGCGGUGGCUUGGAUGGCAUCCGGUAAUUCCUUGAGACUAAUGGCGCAGCCUGCCAUUGCGAAUGUCACCGCGAAUAUUGCAAAACAAUGUGCUUGCUCGUGCAUUUGUUGCGUCCACAAUGGCGCGAGUGCAUGUCGCUUGCGGCGUGUGGGUAUACACUGUAUUCAGGGGGAAAUGGGACACCUGCCCACAACCCAUUUGUCAGCGCAGUAUGCGAUGGCAUGCGUCUAACUAUGCCAUAAGAAAUA